AUGGUCCACUGCGCCGGCUGCGAGAGGCCUAUCCUGGACCGCUUCCUGCUGAACGUGCUGGACAGAGCCUGGCACGUCAAGUGCGUGCAGUGCUGCGAGUGCAAGUGUAACCUCACGGAGAAGUGCUUCUCUCGAGAGGGGAGACUCUACUGCAAAAAUGAUUUCUUUAGGCGCUUCGGAACCAAGUGUGGCGGAUGCGCGCAGGGCAUCUCUCCCAACGACCUGGUCCGCCGCGCCCGGAGCAAAGUGUUCCACCUGAACUGCUUCACGUGUAUGAUGUGCAAUAAGCAGCUGUCCACGGGCGAGGAGCUCUACAUUAUCGACGAGAACAAGUUCGUGUGCAAAGAAGACUACCUAAGCAACGCCUCCGUAAAGGACACGAACCUCCUCUCAGUGACGGCGUGCAGCGACCCCAGCCUCUCCCCGGACUCCCAGGACCCGCUGCAGGACGACGUGGUGCUAAAGGACACGGAGAUAGCGGCGCUGUCCGACAAGGAGACGGUGAACAACGAGAACGACGACCAAAACCUGGGCGGCAAGAGGCGAGGCCCGCGGACCACCAUCAAGGCGAAGCAGCUGGAGACGCUCAAAGCCGCGUUCGCCGCGACGCCCAAACCCACCAGACACAUCAGGGAACAGCUCGCCCAAGAGACCGGGCUCAACAUGCGGGUCAUUCAGGUGUGGUUUCAGAACAGGAGGUCUAAAGAGCGGAGGAUGAAGCAGCUCAGCGCGUUAGGGGCCCGGAGACACGCCUUCUUCAGGAGCCCCAGACGAAUGAGGACCCUGGUGGACCGUCUGGAGCCCGGAGAACUCAUCCCCAACGGGCCCUUCUCCUACUACGGAGACUACCAGAGCGAAUACUACGGUCCGGGAGGGAACUACGACUUCUUCCCGCAGGGGCCCCCCUCGUCCCAGGCUCAGACCCCCGUGGACCUGCCCUUCGUGCCCUCCUCGGGCCCCACCGGGACCCCGCUGGGAGGCAUGGACCACCCGCUCCCCGGCCACCACCCGUCCAGCGAGGUCCAGCGCUUCUCCGAGAUCAUGUCCCACCAUCCCGGAGACUCCCCCAGCCCGGAGCCGGGCAUCCCGGGGCCGCUCCACAGUAUCCCGUCGGAAGUGUUCGGCCCCAGCCCCCCCUUUACCUCACUGUCCCUGAACGGCAGCGGAUACAACAGCCACCUUUCCCACCCGCCUUCGGAAAUGAGCGAGGGCACCGUGUGGUAGCCGGGAGACGCCAAGGAUUCGAACUUCUGAAUAUGAGGAGGAGGAAGAGGAGGAAGAAAAGGAGGGAUGGGCAGACUUUGGGAGGAGGGGGUCCAGGCAGGGAAAGGGAACGGCCCCGGGAAACGUGCACGAGGAGAGAUUUAUAAACACACUGGAAUUCUCCCACACCGAUUACAAUGCCACUUUUUUUGGUAAUAGAAUCUAACUUUCAACAAAAAUAAUAAUACAAAAUUUAUCUAAGCAUGAGAUCUUAUACUCCACACCUGCUCAAAUGAAUAUCUACUUUUGAUAUUUGUUUUAGUAUCUGAUUUUUGAUAUUUUUGACGAGCCUACACUGAAAUGAACAUUGUGAAAGUUGAAGGGUGUUUAUUUCUUAAUCAUCUCCUCGGGCUCCUGGCGUUAAACGUGGGGCCCGAGGAAAUAUUUAUUUAUAUAUAGACUAGAUUUUAUUAUAAAUUCAAGUUUGCUUCUUUAAACUUGCCAAUAAUGAUUCACACGGUGUUCGCUGUUACAAAUCUGACGACAUCGUUCACAUGAAAAUCUCUUCUACUAAUUUAAUCUCUGAGCUGUGAAAACCAAAAUCUGACUUGUAGUGUUUCUUUCUUCUGUUCUAUUUCCCAUCAGAAUUAGACUUUACUGAGUUUUCCUGCAUGAGCAGAGUUUCCCAAAUGUCUAAACAGUGUCUCUUUAUAAACUCUCCUUGUACCGGCCCCGGGGCCCAAACUGAGCUUUACUUUGGGUGACCUCAUAUUUAUUAUUUAUUUAUUUUUGCUUUGGCGUUCUGUGCGAGAACUGAAUAUUUCUCUUGUGUUUUGGUGUUUUGAGUGCAACGUUUCAAACGCCCGACCUGAGAGACUGGAUUUAAACAGGGCACAGACUGAUCUGCUGAGGGACCCCCCCUCUGGGACCCCCGUUUCGA